UCCCCAAUAAAUUGUUGCAUGUGACUGAUGAUGUGAGCAUGUUCGUUUCAUAAUAAAAAUGUUGCCAGGUAACCAAAAAGUCGUAUGUUUUUGUGCGAAUUACGAUCAUAAUCUUUACGAUCGUACAUUAAAAAAUAGACAAAUAAUAGUAUGAGUACGAUUUAAAUCGUAUAUCUGUCAACCCUGCUAGCAAGACAGCGACAAAAUCACGUUGCAUAACAAUGUAGCCCAAGCUUAUAUCUUAUGAAAUAUACGGAAGAGAUACGGACUUAGAAAAAAACAGAAAUGUUGUUCUUUGUGGAAGUCAUUGAUGAAAUUCUAUGUAUUUUAGCCCGCAAACUUUCUUCAAACAAAAACAGCGCCAUCUAGUAUCGAGUUCUGUAAUUAUCUCUUUGUUUAUGGAUUUGAAGUAAGACCGCCACGCAUGCAAUACAUUAUGACUGGGGAUUCCCCUAUUCGUCGACGCUGAAUAUGAGGCGACGACAAUCACUGUCAAACGUGUUCACUAUUACUCUGACUCUGGUAACGUGACUUCCUGGUAACGUGUUAGGUAGGAAAAGCAGUAAAAAAGUGCAUAUUAAGGGAGCAGAUUUGAAAUAAUAUUUAUACUUAACAAGAAAUAAUUAAAGGUUCAAUGGGGAGACCUAAAGAUUUACGCAUAUGGGAGCACUACCGUACUUUACCAAACAAGUCUGUUUCUUGCAAGCUUUGUAAUAAGGUCUACAAAUUCAGUAAUGCUGCCAAAAUGCUUCAACAUCUUAUCACUUGUCCAAAAUCUCCAGAAACAUUAAAAGACUCUAUGAAACUUAUAAAAGAUAGCUCGUCCAAAACCAAAAUGUCUGGACUGUCAGAGAUAGAGACAAAUGAUUCUUUUAUAAGCCCCUCGUCGUCUGCUAACACUACAAUAAAUGCUGAGUUUCAAGACACCGAUGAUCAUAUAAAAACAGAAUUAGCGAGAGCUAUAUUUGUAACAGGGACGCCAUUAUCGAUGGUGCAACAUCCUUUAUGGAUACAAUUUUUCGAAAAAUUGCAACCAAAAUUUAAAAUACCUUCACGUAAAGCUUUAGCGACAAAAUACUUAGAUAAAAUAUAUAGAGAAAUGCGUUUUGAGUUAAAUGAGGAACUAAAUGCUUGUAGUUACUUACACCUUCAGUGCGAUGGCUGGUCUAAUUUAAGAAAUGAAGGAAUAAUAAACUUUCUUAUAUCAAAACCUCAACCUGCAUACGUUAAAAGUUUGAAUACAGAAAGUAAUCCUCACACUAGUGAAUACCUUAGCCAAGAAGUUGAAAAAGUAAUGAAAGUGUAUGGAGCAAAUAAGUUUCUUGUACUUAUUGGCGAUAACGCUAGAAAUAUACAAAAGGCAUUCGAAUUAACAAAACUCAAAUAUCCACAUGUUGUUCCUCUCGGUUGCUGUGCACAUAUCCUUAACUUGUUGUGCCAAGAUAUUGUAAAGAUACAAGAAGUAACUGUGUUUAUUAUGCAAGCCAUAAAUAUAAUAAAAACUGUUAAAAGGAGUCAACGAUUAAGUUCCUUGUUGAUAAAAUCAAGGCAGGGUGAAGAUUCUACACAAACACUAAAAUUGCCUUGUGCUACAAGAUGGGGAAGUCAUGUUACUUCGUUAAAAAGUUUGAAAGCAAAUAAGAUAGCUUUGCAAAUAUUAACAGUUAGAGAAGAUGUGGUAAUUUCAAGAGAUAUUAAAGAUUUAAUUCUAAGUGAUGAUUUCUGGACGAAGACAGGGGAAUGUAUAAGUAUUUUGGAACCAGUCACUGAAAGCAUAUUUUACUUAGAGAGCGACCAGAAUCGUUUGCAUCGCACAUACAUUACAUUUAGAGAUGUACAAGCUAAGAUACGUUUUGCAUUAAAUGAGAUUUCGACAUUGAGCGAAGAAAGCAAACAGCAGAUUCUAACAUCAGUAUCUUCAAGAUGCAAUAUGGCAAUGAGGCCAAUACAUUUUGCAGCAUAUAUUCUAGACCCCAGGACUCUAGGAGUCGAACUUACUCAAGAGGAAGAACUUAAGGGUAUGGAGUUUAUCUACAAUUUAAGCCAACACUUAAGUUUGUCAAAUGUAAUGGCAGAUUUGGCGUGUUAUAAAGCUAAAGAAAACUUUUGGGCCAGAGGAUUUGUAUGGAGCUCAUUAGAUAGCAUUGAGCCCCUAUAUUGUGGAAAGGUAUUUGUGGUUCCACUGAUUUAAUAA